AUGUCAGAACACGAGUCAGACGUCCUGUUGUUUCAUUCAAUAAAUUCAAAUAUACAAACGAAGAUUCAUCAAACAAAAAUUUUCUUAAAACUUUUAUCUAAUGGUCAUAUAUCUGUUGAUUGGAAUGAUUUACCAAAACAUCGAAAUACUCGGCAAUGUGUUAUACAUUAUAAAAGUUUAAAUAAUAAUCGAAGUCAUGCUAUACGUGUAUCACGUCAAAAACGAAAUGUUAUUUUAGAAAAAAUAGAAUCAGGUCAUUUAUAUGAAAUACAUGUAUGUACUGUUGAUGAAUCAAAUCGAAUAAUAGCUUCGAGUGAACAUGCACAAAUACAAACUCUAAUAUUGAAUGAAGCACCAACACUUCGUGUGACUAAAUCAACACCAGAUUUUAUUAUACUUGAAUGGGAAAAAUCGAAUGAUGUUAAAUUAUCUGAUAUUGAAUCAUAUAAAUUAAUAAUAAAUGGUGAAUCUAAAGCUAUGUUACCAUCAACAGAUAAUAAAUUUGUUGUUAAUGAUGGUGAAUUUGGAAAACGAUAUAUUUUUCGAUUAGAAAUGAAUCGAAAAGAUAAGAAAGUAAUUCCAUCAUUUCCAGUUCGUGUUCAUUGGCCAGGAGUGACCAUACCUAGACUUCAUGCUUUUGUAAAUGGUACUGAAGAAUUGAUUAUUUGUUGGGGAGAUUCAAAAUCAAUCAAUGAUGGAAAUAUUGAAUCUUAUACGCUUCAUUUAUAUGAUUCUGAAGGUCGUUUAUUAAAUCAGAUUGGUCCAAAUUCUGCUGAAUGUCGUCAAGUAUGGAUAAAAGAUAUGAUACAAGGUGUUUAUUUUUAUGUUCUGGAAAUAAAACUUGUCAAUUCAAAAAAAUCUAUUUAUUCAAAACCUAUGAAAAUUGAAUGUGGAAGAGAAUCUCACAUGCCAAUAUUAAUAUGUAAUUAUAGUGAUGAAAAUAAUCAAAAAGAAUUAAUUAAUAUGGCUUAUCAUUUAAUUAAUAUUCGAGAUAAUAUGAAAUCAAAACGUUUACUUGAAAAAUGUGAAAAUCAACUUAAACAAAUACUUUUAACUUUAAAUAAUUUAACAGGUUUUUUUUUUCUUCUGUUAAAAUUAAUAUAUUAUUUUUAUUUUUCUGAAGAUUCUAUUCAUCUUAAUUUAACUAUUGAAUCAAAAUUAAAUAAUAAUAUUCCAAAAAGUUAUUAUUUAAUUAUUGAUGGUCGAGAAAAUCCAGUAGCUAUACCGUCUUUUGUCAAAGAUUUUCCAUUAGAAUUACCUCGACGUGAUGAACCUUAUACAUUAGCUGUUUCAGUAGCACCAGCUUUAUAUGGAACAACAUCAAAGACAGUUCUUGUUGAAGCAUCUGAUCAUUUCUCAUUCUUUUGUACUCAUUUUCAUCAACAAUCAUCUAUUGAAAAGUAA